AUGAAUGAACCUUUAGAAAAGUCACAUUUACAAAUGAACUCCUGUUCAGUUUCCACAGGUACGAUACGUAAAAAACCAAAGAAAGUAAUUUCAACAGAAGCUUUUCAAGCAUCUGUUGCUGAGCGUGAGGCUUUAGCUGCUGCAGCAAACUUAACUUUAUUACCGGAUGAACCUCCUAAUCGACUUAUUAAUGUGGUAGGUCAGGCUUUACGUCAUGGAAAAACAGUUGUGCACGAAGUAAUGAGAACUGCUGCUAGACAACCUGAUGGCGAAUUAAUACCUGUUGGUGGGUUACGGACAACCGCUAGUUCUACUAAUUUGACUACUCUUCAAACCAAUUCACAAAUUGAUGGAGAACACAAGUCGCAGCCUCUGCGAUAUGAAUCGUAUAUUUCAAACAUACUAGGCUUAUAUACAAGCCAAACAGACCACAUCACAUCAUCAUAA